ACUGAAUUUCGUCGAGCUGGAAGAACUGUGCAGCAUGCCGGACUCUAAAGUCGACCAGAAGUUGGCAGACGCCGCUCGGGAGGUGCUACUUACCGGUCGACUGACUCCGCUUAUCAAGGAGGAGCUCAAAUGUAAAAUUCAGAGCAGGAGGCUGUCCAUGGGGCAGGAUGAAAUGGAAGUGAACUUUGAGGCCCCGAAGAGAUACCAGCUAAGUGAUGAAGAAAAAGCUAAAAAGCUACAAAGGAAGGAAAGAAACAAAGUGGCUGCAAGAAGACAUAGGCAGAAAACAAAAGAAGAUGCUAGAAAGUUAGAGAAAACUGUUGAAAAACUAGAGAAUCAACAGAAGUCUUUUUUAGAAGAACUUGACAAGAUGACCAAAGAAAGGAAGCAUCUACUUGAAGCACUAAGUCAAAUCCAUUCCCCGCCAGUGUGAUGCAGUGUGGGUAAUAACACGAAGCAUGCUGGGUAACUGAUGACUUUGCUUCUGGUUGUUGCCUGUAUGAGUAUGUAUGAUAGUAUUCAUAUCAUGUGUGAAAUCACAAAACGCAGAUCUUCAGAAGGUCAUACCCGAUAAUCAAACGGGUGUCACUGAGGCUGCUUGUGAACGCCGUUCUGGUGUAGCGUUGCUGUACUAGGUGUAUUGAUGGCGACGUUGGCCCUGCUGACGAUGUAGCUGAAAUUGCUUGUCGACUAUAUAUCUGAUGUACGAGUAUUCUCCAAUAUGUUUUUGACGUUACAUUGUGUACAUAAUGUAUUGAAUGCAUAUUUGGUUAAAUCUUUACUUUUUGCAGAUGUGUGGUUGGUUUUAAAAUGAUGAAUACCAAACCUUUAGUAA